GUCCCAUGCACGGUUCCCAAGAAAAGGCUGAUAAUUGUUUAUGAUUUAAAAAUAAUGAAAUCGGUCCAGUAAAUAAAGUACAGCAGCAAAAUCUAUUCCCUUUACUAUGCGAUCUCCAAUGACUUUUUGGAAAAGUAGAAAAAGUUCGCCCCUGUACAGUUGUAACCUCCUCAUCUCUCCUUAAAACCAACCUCCCAAACAUCUUUUUAUAUUUCAUCUUUUUUUUUCGUUUCGUCCUUCUCUAUCACUCUAUAUAAUUUCAGAUAUUUUCCCUCUUGUCGUCCAUAUCAUACUUCAUCCCUGAUCAUCCUUAAGCGCUUCCUUUUGGCAGAUCCCUGUACAUUCUUCGCCUUACCUCUUACGCAGUCCUUUUAAGCAAGUUUACGGCAACUCAUGGCAGCAGAAAUCCAAACCCAACAUCACACUGCUCAGUCUAUGAUGUUGACAGCAGAGGCUCCCGCCAGCAAAUUCAAGACUGGAAAUCAAAAGUGUGCAAAGUGCCAAAAGAUUCUGUCUGGCCAUUUUGUUAGAGCUUUGGGAACCACGUGGCACUUGGAAUGUUUUGUCUGCAUUGAUUGUGAGGAGGUUGUGACCUCGAAAUUCUUCCCGUAUCCCGUUGAGUCCACAACUGGGCGCCAUUACCCUCUCUGCGAACGGGACUAUUUCCGGCGACUCAAGUUGGUGUGCGCCCAAUGUGGUAGCGCUUUAAGAGGCUCAUACAUUACAGCUCUUGACAGAAAAUAUCACAUCGAGCAUUUCACCUGCUCCGUUUGCCCAACUGUUUUCGGUCCUGACGAUUCCUACUAUGAGCAUAACGACAAAGUCUAUUGCCACUAUCACUAUUCUAUCCAAUUUGCUGUACGGUGUGCUGGAUGUAAAACUGCUAUUCUGAAGCAGUUUGUUGAAAUCAAUCGACAUAAUGUGGAUGAACACUGGCAUCCGGAAUGCUACAUGAUUAACAAAUUUUGGAAUGUAAAGCUUUCCCUACCUAGCGUUGAUGGUAGAGAUUACUUCAUAAUUGGAGAAGAGUGGGAUAUGACACCAGAGCAGCUUAAAGAGGCACAAGUUUCCAUAGAAGAAAAGGUGUAUCAAAUCUGGACAGUGUUGUCGGCUUUUGAGGAGUCAGCUGCAGCUUGCAUAUCAGACAUGUUGUUACAUGUGUCUAACGGAGCCUGUAUCGAGGGUGUCAAAAUGGCAGGCAGCUUUCUCACUCAUGUGGAAGUACUAUUUACGGCAAUUGAUGAUCUCUACUCACAAUAUGCAAACAUCAAAGAUGCAGAUCUUUCUUACAGCAAGGAUGCCAAGCUUCUCUGUCGAAAAAUCAUCACUUUUUUCUCGCUACUCUCACAUACGCAGGAGACAGGUUUACGUCGACUGGGUAUCACGCAAGAACUACUCUCACUCGUUACUGGACUGGCGCAUUACUUGAAGAAUUUGAUCAGAAUAGCUUUGACUGGGGCCUUGUUAUUGGAAAAAAAAUAUAGUCGCAAAACAGCGAUAUCUCGAUUCUUGAGUAAAUUGAUGGAACUUGCCAGCAGAGAUCGGUCCGAUUUUCUUGGUUCAAAGAUGUUGCAUGCGGAAAUAGCUUCAGAUUUAUGUGUUAGCUGUAAAUCUGCUUGCGAAGAUCAGUGCUUAAAAUACGAUGAAUGUCGUUGGCACUUGGUAUGCUUCAAGUGUAGCGUUUGUAAGAAACCUUUGAAUGAAGAAUAUGACACAGCAGGGUUCUGUCAAUGGAGUCUUACGCUGCACUGUUCCAAGUGCUCACUAUCAAGAAAGGACACUGUAUCCGGUGUUGUAAUGAUAUCUCAACUAGAGCAAUACGUAUAUCUUUUACGUGUUGCCCUCCAGAGAGUUUUUGUUUUGCUCAACGUCAAUGAACAUAUAGAGGAAGGACAUGUAGCAGUGGAGCCAGCUUCGCAGAUGAAAUCCAAAGUAUCAGCUCCGGGAGCACUCAGAAUAGACUCAAGAUCGAAAUCGUACAGUACAGGGGAUAAUCCUUACCAAGCUAUCAACUUGGGGGAUAUCAAAAGAAUGAAAUCAACACACACAACUCGAAAGCUCAGUAAUUCCAAUCGAUUUGGCAAAAGAUCCACCUUGAUGGAGAUCCCCACUCCUGCGGCCGCCGCCAUAUCCGCUAAGAGUGAGCCCACACUACAAAAUGUUGAUAAUGAGCGCGAUUUCGUAUACAAUGAAGAACCGGAACAAAUGGACCAUGAAGACUUCGUAUCUAAGGCACUUGCUAAUAUGGAUAGUGUUGGUAACAGCGAAUCUCUAAUGUUGAAGGACCUUGUGUCCCCGGAUCUUUUGUUGAUGCCGAGAUCGUCGGAGCGAGGAAGACACAGCCAUACAGAUUAUAGGAAAUCAAUGGCAAAAGCAACAGCAUAUCUUGCAGAACUUGGCGCUUUGGAUCACUUUAUGGUUAAGCAUAUUGCUGUGAUCAACAUUGAACCGUUUGUCAAGGAUCACUUUUCUUUGGAAGAUCUUCUGGAGUUGAUAGAUGAUAAAAAGGCUUCUACUCUCUGGGGAAAGUUCGUAACUGGCUUACGCACUGGUAGUAAUAAGAAAGCGACGCGACCAAAAGCAAUAGGUACUUUUGGCGUACCGUUGGACUACUUGGUAGAGAGAAAUGGUACAGAAUCCAGCUUAGGAGCUGGACCAUGCCGUAUUCGAAUUCCUGUAUUCGUGGACGACUGCAUAGCUACUUUGAAGCAAAUGGAUGUAUCUGUGGAAGGAAUUUUUAGGAAGAAUGGAAAUAUCAGACAGUUGAAAGAGUUGAGCGAUGAAUUAGAUCGAAAUCCAUCGAAGGUCAAUUUGGCUGCGGAGAACCCUAUCCAAGUGGCAGCCUUGCUCAAAAAAUUCUUGCGCGAUUUACCGGACUCUUUACUAACAUCAAAACUCUACAAACUAUUUAUAACAUCUCAAAAACUCGAAGAUCCCGAGCACAGAAAGGAGGUGCUGCAUUUAGCUUGUUGUCUGCUACCAAAGCCAAAUCGGGAUUUGAUGGAAGUCCUGUUUGUAUUUAUGAAAUGGGUAGCGUCAUACUCUCAUUUUGAAGAUAACGGUGGAAGCAAGAUGGAUAUAAUGAAUCUCGCCACAGUUCUUGCUCCAAAUGUUAUCUAUGCCAAAGGUCGUGAUCCUACUAGGGAAGAGUCGCUUCUGUGCAUUGAAGUGGUCCACAUGCUGCUGGCCCAUCAUGAAGUAUUCUGCGCGGUGCCAGAGGAACUAUUACCGUUUUUGCAAGAUUCUGGCUUGGGCCAUAGUGAUUUGAGCCUAGCAGCCAAAGAAGUGCUGAAAAAAUGCGAGAACUUAAUGAAGCUUAAAAAAUCCCAUUCCACCAACGUCGUACCUGUCGACAAAAUGUACGGCCAUACUGAAACGAAAGAAUAUAAUACGAAUCAAGUCGGAACCGAUUACUUUUCAUCAAUUCCUGGUUUAUGAUCGACUUAUCUGGCAUGGAAAGCUUGUGAUUUAGGAGCAGGUUUACUUUGACUCUCUAGCUUAAGCUGGCGACUUACCUACCAAGUCGUCGCUUUAUACCCAUCAACCAACCAGUAUCACU